AUGGGCGCCUCUGCCCAGCACGCUUUUACUACGGAGUCCUCUCCGAACGAUCCGUAUGUCUAUCAAGUUGGAUUUGGGAACAGAUUCUCUUCUGAAGCCAUCCCCGGGACUCUGCCUCGAUCAUGUAAUGUACCGCAGAAAGUAAAGUACAACCUUUAUUCCGAGCAGCUCAACGGUUCGACUUUCGUUGCCUCUCGAACCGACAUUCAAAAUGCCUGGUUUUACCGCGUAUUCCCAUCUGUAGCCCACGGAGAUAUUAUAAAGAUGCCACGAAACCCAGAUAUCGAGUCAAGAUUCACAUCUGGGAAUGAGAAUGUUGAGUUCGUUCCCGGAGGACUCUGCUGGAGAGCAUUCCCCGUGCCAAAGGCAGGCGGUCCGACUAUCGACUUCGUCCAGGGGCUCAAGACGAUAGUUGGAAACGGCGAAUCAACAACCAAAGACGGCUUGGCUGUACACGUGUACGCCGCAAACUCUUCGAUGAAGAAACGCGCAUUCUGCAGCAAUGACGGUGACAUGCUGUUCGUGCCUCAGACUGGCAGGCUGGACAUACAGACAGAAUUCGGGAGAAUGAUGGUACGGCCUGGCGAGCUGGCGGUGAUCCAGAGUGGCAUCCGCUUCAAGGUCGGGUUGCCGGAUGGUCCGGCCCGGGGUUACAUCCAAGAGAUAUUCGGGAGCCGGUACGAGCUGCCAGAACUAGGACCGCUCGGAAGCAACGGGAUGGCUUUGCCUCGCGAUUUCGAGUUCCCCGUCGCCUCCUUUGACAUGGAUACUUCAGAGUGGGAGAUCGUGUAUAAACUGGCUGGCAAGCUGUGGUCAUGCAAACAGAAUCACACGCCCUUUGACGUGGUUGCAUGGGAUGGCAACUACGUGCCUUUCAAGUAUGCCGCCGAAAAGUUUGUCAACGCCGCCUUUGUGGACAAGGACCAAGCCGACCCUAGUUUGUACACCGUCUUGACGGCGAGGUCCAAGAUGCCUGGGGUACCCGCAACGGAUGUCAUGUUCUUCACGCCAAAGUGGUCUUCGGCGACGAAUACCUUUCGACCUCCCUAUUACCACCGAAACAUGUCGACCGAGGUGGUAGGAAUCGUAUACGGCGGUUACAAGGGGACCAGUCGCAACUUGGAAGCUGGUGGCCUGAGUUUCCAAUCGAGCUUCAUGCCUCACGGAGAAACACAUGAGGCGUUUGUGCAGGCGACCACCAACGAAUUGAAGGCCCAACGCGUGGGAGAAGGAUUCCUCGGAUUCAUGUUCCAGAUCAGUACUCACUGCGCGGUGACACAAUACGCCUUGGAAAGAACCGGAGUGCUGGAAGUACCGCCGGCAUCUCUCUGGGACUCGAUGCAAGGUCACUUUCUCGAGCACGCCGAAGAAGUGAAUAGCGACUUGCGAAGACGAGGCCUUCCGACCCUCGGGGCUACCCUGGGCCAUUGA